GAUAUUGGUUUUAAGACCAAAGUUUGCCUCAAUGAUGCUCCGGAAAUCCUAGAAACCUGGGUACACUGUGAAGACUCUUUUAAAUCAAGCAUCUCUCAGAUUACCAGGUUUUACAAAUAUUUGUGGAAUGAAAUGGCUGAUUCAAAGGAGAAAAUAACUGAAAAACUUCAUACUCUCCCGUCUGUAUUUGUACCACAUGAAAUUGGAAGUAGGCAGAAUGAUCUGAUAUCUGGAAUAUUCUUGCCACUUGGUGAUGUUUACUGGAAUGAUUCUGCUGGCGUUUUAAAUGAGAUAAAAGAGAUCAGUUCGCAGAUCAGCAGUGUUGUGGAAUCAUUGCGUAGGAAAACGUUGUGCACUAUCUAUCCAGGUCUCCAUGACUUUUUUGUGAAUGGUUGUGGAGUACCUGAGACGCCUCCUUUUCAAGAAUACCUUAAAAUUCUAGGGCAGUUCGCACAUUAUAUGUCACCCUCAUGUGCUGCCAAGGCUGUCUUUAAAAUUUUCCUGAAGUGGAGUGAUGACUUGAAUUCUGGCAAAUCUUCCGAAGAUGUCGUUCAUUUUAAAGAGAGACUUUCAGAACUCGAGUACACUGUACUUCCUACUGAAAAUGAUAAGUGGGUUUCCUUGCACUCCUCGUUUGGUCUCGUAUGUUGGUGUGAUGAUGAGAAGUUAAAGAAGAGAUUUAUAAAGAAGGAUAACAUUGAGUUCAUUAACUUUGGGGAAAAUGAUGAUAAAGAGCAAGAGGUGCUUCAAACAAAAGUGUCUGGACUCAUGCACAGCUUGGGCAUUCCAAGUAUUUCUGAGGUGGUAAAACGUGAAGCUAAAUAUGAAGGUUCGCAAGAUAAUACUGUAACAGUGUCACUUGUAAACUGGGCUCUGCCUUAUGCCCAGCGAUAUAUCUAUACUGUUCAUCAUGUGAAGUAUACCCAGACAAAAAAGACAGUCCAUAGUCAACUCAAGCGUCUACAAAUCUUUGUUGCUGAUAAGUUAUGCUAUAGGAAUGUCAUACCGCAAUAUGGCAUUAGCUCUAAAAAGGAGUUCAAAUGCAGCUCUCUUCUACAUGAUAAAGCUCUGUACACAACACCAUGUCUGGAUUCCCAUUCCUUGUUCAUGGAAUUGUCUCGUUUGUUUUUCAACGGAGUUCCUGAUCUGCAUCUGGCAAAUUUCCUUCACUUGAUAAAAACAAUGGCAGAAUCUGGUUUGAGCGAGGAGCAAAUGGAAUCUUUCAUUCUGAACAGUCAGAAAGUUCAUCAGAUUCCUGACGAUGAGAAGAUCUGGUCCCUUAAGUCUGUUGUUAAAGCGAAGAAGAAAGCUGGAAUAAGCUUGAGCUGGUUACCUUCAAGUUCCAAACCAGGACAUGGUUCUAGCAAGGCCCACGUUGAUGAUUCUAAACAAGAGCUGGCCUCUGGUAUGCAUAGCAGCGGUGAAAAGGAUGAAACAGAGGCUCCUGACGAAAAAAUACCGACUGAGAUGACUGAUACCAACUUGGUUUCUGGAUAUGAUAAUUAUGCAGGCACAAGUUCACGAACUAGUGAGCCAAACCCAUUGCAUUCAAUGCAUAUGAUUAGUGGCUCAACCCCAGGGAAUCAAGCUGCUACUAACUUCAAUCCAAAUCUUCCUCAUGAAUGGAACAAUUCCUUCUCGGUUAACUUCAGCGAAAGAGAUCAGCUUCACACCGGCACACCCUGGGCUGCACAAGCGCAACAGACCGGUAGAAAAGGUGAAGAAAUAGCGUACAGAUACUUUGUUGCAAAAUAUGGCAAUGAGGCUCUGGUUAGAUGGGUUAACGACCAGAGUGAAACCGGUUUACCUUACGACCUACUGAUCGAAAGCCGAGGUGGUAAGAAAGAGUACGUGGAGGUGAAAGCAACGGUGUCGACGCGGAAAGACUAUUUCAACUUGACAGUGAGAGAAUGGCAAUUUGCAAAUGAGAAAGGGGAUGGUUACAUAAUUGCUCAUGUUUUGUUAGGCAACAGUAAUGCAAUCCUCACACAGCAUAGAAACCCGGUCAAGUUAUGCCAAGAAGGUCAUCUCCGGUUAUUGAUUCUCAUGCCAAACCAGCGAAACGAGGUCAACGUUUCAUUUUAAAAACCCAGUCAAUCGCUCUCUCUUGUUAAUUAGAUUAGAUUAUUGGCAUUGUACAAUAUUAUACUUUUUAAUUAUUUUUAAUUUAAAUUCUUUCAGACA